AUGAAAUGUGAUCUUCCCGAAUCAAUUCUAUUUAAGUGUGAUGAAUUUGUAGAGAACUUCGAUAGAACAAUUGUUUCGGGAAAUUCUAACAAUAUUUUCCAUAAUAAAACAUGGAAAGAAAAUGAAAGAGAUCUUGGAAAAAGAACAGGUCGAAUUCUGGACGUACU